GCAACGCCGACACUUCAGGCUCGCAGUUGUAGCACGACCAUCCACCCAGCGCCCGUGAAGAGACCGCCAAUUUGUACGUCUACCCACGCUCAGCAUUGAUAUCUCUCGUGACUCCCGUCACAAGCGCAGCGCCUCUGGUGCUAAGCGCGCAUACUAUCGCAAGAAGAGAGCUUUCGAGAAGGGUCGUCAACCCGCCAACACCCGUAUCGGAGCCAAGCGCGUCCACCUCGUCCGCACCCGUGGCGGCAACCGCAAGUUCCGUGGUCUCCGCCUCGAUUCCGGCAACUUCUCCUGGGGCAGCGAGGGCAUCUCUCGCAAGGUCCGUGUGAUUGCCGUGGCAUACCACCCUUCGAACAACGAGUUGGUCCGCACCAACACCCUCACCAAGUCCGCCGUUGUCCAGGUCGACGCUGCGCCUUUCCGUCAGUGGUACGAGGCCCACUACGGCCAGCCACUUGGUCGCAGACGCCAGGCUAAGGCUGAGGCUGAGGAGGUCAAGAAGAGCAAGAGCGUUGAGACCAAGCAGGCUGCGCGCCACAAGGCUGCUGGCAAGGUUGAGGCCGCCAUCGAGCGUCAAUUCGAGGCCGGUCGUCUCUACGCCGUUGUUGCCAGCCGUCCAGGCCAGAGCGGCCGUGUCGAUGGUUACAUCUUGGAGGGCGAGGAGCUUGCUUUCUACCAGCGUGCCAUCAGGAAGUAGAGGUAGAUUCGGGAGAAGAAAAAGGGCUGCGCUUAACCAGACUUCUGUGUGGCGUUAUGGGCAUGGCUGGGCUUCGCUGCAUUUCAGCACGGAUGGGCAAAGGCAAGAGCUGCACGUUCAUCUGCUGGGUCGAGUAGCCUGUAUGGUAAUAGACCACGGCAAUGCACAAGCAGCGUUACGAAGGAACAAAUCUCACGAUUUUAUGAAUUUCGUGGCCAUGGUCAUGUUGCACCACACUCAUGACAAGCACAGCUCCACUGCUGUUCGUGUGCUAACAGAAAAGUCCAUACUGUGUACGUCCACUAGAUUAUACAAGGUCUCGAAAAAGCUGUGCCCGA